CCUCUCUUCUUCUUCUUUUUUUUAAGUAUAUAUUAAUUUAGUAGUUGACAUAAAAUAGCAUGGAAGAGAGAUAAAAGGGGUCCUCUAAAAUUAUGCCCCAAAGCAGAAGCCAAAGUCUACUUUGAUUGCACAAAGAAUCCACAGAACCCAAAAUCACACACACAAAAAAGAAGAAAAAGAUAGCAAAACACACACACACAUAUACACAGUAGAAUUUUAAGUUGAAGAUGUAUACAUAAAUCCAAUCAGGUUGAACCUGGACGACAUGUUGGAAGAUCGGUCUUGUUUGGUUCCGAGGGAUUUCACAAGAGAAAGCAACAACUGGUCGGCCUGCAUGAAUUACAGCCUCGAUAUGAUUGAAGUUCAGCAUGGUAAAAGGCCAUUGGAAAAUAAUCAGGAGGAUGAAGUUGUGCAACGCAAGUUGCCAAAGCUAUCUGAUGCUCGUGAUGGAGAAGAAGUCGUUCUAGCGUCACCAGAUGACCAAGCUGGUGACCAGCGUCAUGAUGAAGAUACCAGUUCUCUUAUUCCAUCCAUUGGCCGAGACAACUCUGUUAGCUCUCUCAUUCCUUGCUCCAGGUCUGAUUAUGGUGCUAUUGCAUCUUUAAAUCGUAGCUUCCGCUCGUUAAUUAGGAGUGGGGAGCUUUAUAGACUGCGGCGUCAACAAGGCGUGGUUGAGCAUUGGGUUUAUUUUUCUUGCCAUCUACGUCAAUGGGAAGCUUUUGACCCCAUUCGUUGCCGUUGGAUGCAUCUACCAUCAAUGAAUUUCAAUGAAUGUUUUGUGUUCUCAGACAAGGAGUCUUUAGCAGUUGGCACUGAGCUGCUUGUGUUUGGAAAGGAAAUUUUGUCGCAUGUCAUUUAUCGUUAUAGUAUACUGACAAACAGUUGGUCAUCUGGAAUGGAAAUGAAUGCACCAAGGUGUUUGUUUGGCUCUGCCAGCUCUGGGGAGAUUGCCAUUCUAGCUGGUGGUUGUGACUCACAGGGCAAUAUCCUCAGCUCAGCAGAACUUUACAAUUCAGAGACUGGAACGUGGAAGACCUUACCAAGCAUGAACAAGCGGCGUAAGAUGUGUUCUGCGGUAUUUAUGGACAACAAGUUUUAUGUAAUUGGAGGCAUUGGAGGUACAGAGUCGUCAAACGCGCUACUGACUUGUGGAGAGGAAUAUGAUUUGAAAACAGAAAAAUGGACUGAAAUUUCGAGCAUGUCUCCUGUCCGAGCUAGGGGUGAUAUGCCUGCUACUUCAGAAGCACCUCCUUUGGUUGCAGUUGUAAAUAAUGAUUUGUAUGCUGCUGAUUAUGCUGACAUGGAGGUGAGGAAGUAUGACAAGCAAAAUAAAAUAUGGGCUACUAUAGGAAGAUUGCCCGAAAGAGCAGCUUCGAUGAAUGGUUGGGGCUUGGCUUUUCGAGCUUGUGGUGAUAGGCUAAUUGUAAUCGGAGGGCCUAGAACCAUGGGUGAAGGGCAUAUCGAAGUUAAUUCAUGGGUUCCUAGUGAAGGACCGCCUCAGUGGAACUUGCUUGGACGAAAGCGAUCUGGUAGCUUUGUGUAUAAUUGUGCUGUCAUGGGUUGCUGACAUAUAUGAUUUUUGCAAGUAGAUACAGAAUUGGGAAUUCUUGCCAAUUGGUAAUUUAUCCCAACCUUUUCGUUUUUGAAUCCUUAUGUUUUUAUCUUAUCAGAUUACCAAACUAUACCCAAUAUUCAACAGAAUUACCUUCUUUAGAAGGUCGAUCUUGAGUACGACUUUUAUCAUCUCCCAUUUUCAUUUGCAUAAAACUCCAAAGGCGCCGCAGAGGUAAAAUAUUAACUUGAAGAUGGGAGCAAUACAGUGAUAGAUUUUGGUUCUGCUGUGAUCCUUAUUUUUCUUGACAUUGUUGAGGAAGAAAAAUAAGGUUUUGUAGUGAUGUUCAUUUGACAUCUUGUUUUAUGUACCAAAUACAUUUAUUCUUGUUGACAGACUACAAAUUGAGACAUUAUUGAUACCUUUAGAA